UUUAAUCGAGAUUUGUAAUACAUCAAUCACAAUGGACACAAUGGACAAUGUAAUGGACACAAUGGAAAAGUGUCCAUUGUAUAUGUCCAUUGCCAACACUGGAUCAGCCGAGCCGGACUCGCGAAUUUAUACACGACACGCUAUUUAG